AGAUUAACGUUGAUCAGUCACGGGCGGUCACGGGCGUCUACAUACGGAGAAUGUGUGUGCAGGCGUACGGCGAGGUAUAAGAUGAAGUGGAAUGUGGGGGUUAGGUUGUGUUUUAUUGCAUGUGUUAACUGUGAAUAAAGCAAGUUUGGUACAUUAUAUUAAUAAUGAUUACAUUAAGAAACUGUGGAAUUAGAAGUGCCAAGAGUUUCGAAUCUGGUAGAAAUUUGUAUCAAGUUUACUCACAAAGAGUGCUCUUUAGUAGAUUAUACCAAGUUGAUUCGGAAAAAGGGAAUAAGGAAAAUGGAAAAAAGCAUGGCUUCAGCAUAUCGGAACAAAUACCAUCAGCCAUAUCAUCGAAAUACCAGGUAUUCAGAGAUGAAGACGCCACAGUUAUUUUGGAUGUAGAAGAGGAGAGAUUAAAACACCUUCAAACUCUGGAAUUACCUCAGGAACAAGAUAAAGAAGAUGAAUUUUCUGAUUUGAAUCUUGAACGGGGUGUUCAUGGUGUGUUUGAUAUUGAAGAAAUUGUUCAUAUUCUUAGAAGAGAGAAAUUAGAGGACCUAUUUGUAGUGGCAGUGCCACAAGAUAUAAAAUAUGUUGACUAUAUUGUUAUUGUUACUGGGAAGUCUAAAAGGCAGAUGUCUGCUGUGGCGGAGUUUGUAAGGAAGUUGUACAAAAGAAAGCGGCAUCAAUAUGAUCUGAUACCAAGAAUAGAAGGACAAAAUUCUAAGGACUGGAUGGCAUUGGAUUUGGGCAAUAUUGCACUGCAUAUAUUUUCAAGAAAAGCAAGAUCUGUUUAUGAUCUGGAAUCAUUAUGGUCAGUAGGGUCAGAAUAUGAUCUGGUAUACAAUAAACCUGAUGACCCCUUAAUUACUUUACUGCAACAACAUUCAGUGUAUCUUGGUGGUCUGCAACCUGCAGAAGGUAUAUCUGAAAAUACUAAUGGUUGAAAGUACAGUAAAACCUCUUGAAUUUGGACUAAUUGGAGGAAAGGGGUAGUCUGAAUUAGUGAAAAGUCUGUAUUAUAGACCAUAAGUGUAUGUAAAUAUUUUCAUGUUGUAGUUCUCUUUAAAACCAGAAUAUUAUAUUGUUUUAAAUACAAAUUAGGCCCUACAUAUGUAUUUUGAUACUUGUCUAAGCAGAAUCUAGGUGAGAAAUUGUAUCUUCCAUUCCAUUCCACAUACUACAUAAAAUACACACCUGAAAGAAAGAAGGCAGUUAAAAUUAUAUAGGGUGGGAAUUAUUUAGGAUUGGACCACCUCAGUGGUCUAGUGGUCAGCGUUCUUGGCUACAGAUCCAGAGGUCCGGGUUCGAUUCCCGGCGCUACCAGAUUUUU